AUUCUUCGCUUCGUUGUCGUUCCAUUCACAUACAAGAGAGAAGAAGAGCUCUUUUCUUGGUGUUUGCCAUGCACACGCGGCUCUCUGACCGUGGCAUGAAGAACUGUUCUUUCGCCGAAGCCACUGAAAUGGUGCGGAUUGAUGAGUGAGGAUCGAUCGGGAAGACACUCUUGGACGCGAUCGCAAAGUGUUAAGCCGCUAAAACGUUCCGUGUGGCAUUCUUUUGCCUCAAUUGCAAAUCUUGUGUGUUAAAUUAUGUUAAUUCCCUCAGUGCAGUGCUUCAGGUGACACGGGAAGGGAAGUACUUUGCAUGGGCACUAAAGUGGACAAUUGAACUGGGACACAGUGAACUUGUGGUACUGGUAUAUACGGAAAACGAGUGAAAAGAGCUCCAAAAAGAGGAAACAUUCCACUAAAGGGAGCCCCGCCUGAGCCACCCAGUGUGACAAACAAUACCUCUGACGGUGGAUUGUCUUGAAAGAGACGAAGACGCUUAGAGACACAGAGAAGAACAAAAAAGAUAAUGAGUGAAUGGUGGUAAAAAGAAAAUCCCAAAAUUACUCGUGUCUGGUGUUAUGAAUUUUAAAAAGACCGCAGCAGAAGGCCAAGCACAGUGGAUGUGAAGCAUUUCAUAUCUUUGUACAGAGAGAACCAGUGUUUGAGAUAGUAGUGAAGACGAGGAGCAUCACAGUUGAGAAGGGACUCAAAAGGAGAAAAAUUGCCUCGCGCGUGGAAACGCUCAAUCCCAUCUGAAGCAUCCAAUUGGACAAUUCGUCGUGGAGGUGCAAGUGCAAGAUGAAAUAGCUGACAAGACGGUGAAGUAUCGUGGUGCAGAGACAAGAGUGAUAGUGAAUUGUUCUCAGGUGCAAGGUGAUUCAUAAGCUGGGUUUCCAACAUCCGGCAUUCACAGGGGUUGACGAGUGUGAAAAAUUCAUUCGAAACACUUUGGUCAGUGCUACAAUAUACAUAUAUAGACUUCCUUUUUAGGAAAGAGGGUGGGUAGCUUUUGGGCAGACUUUAUCGCUCAAGUGGAAAGAUUUUCUGUGCCAAAACGUGCCUCACUCAACACGAACCAUGGACACGGUUUACAGCACCAAGAAAUACCUGCAGACGCUCACGGCAGGAAGCGACUACUACAGGAGUCCCAGUACAGUUAGACAAAUGUCGCACGAUUACACAUCGUACCACAACACCAUGGGUCGGAGGUCCACCCUCAACCCUUACACCCACAUGACUAACAAAUACUCCUACCCAACCGACCACAGCCUUAGCAGUCACUACGGUGGGUACAAUUCAUGGGGCUUAUGGCGGGAUUCUGCCAAUUUGUCACUAUCGGCGCUGUCAUCGACGAAAAAGCGUGGCGUGAGAUCCUUUUCAAUAAUCCUGAUGACUGCAGCUUUUAUCGUGGUCCUUGCGGUGCUCUCUGUUGCCGGAUUGGCGUUCUACUUCAGCACGUUCCGCUCAGAAAUGGAUGACUCACUCCUCGUAUUUGAUGGCUCAUUCCAAGUAAUGCGAGGCGAUUUGUACACCACGGGCCUAAAAUACAAUCACACGGCGGCAUUUCGGCAAAAGCAGCAAUUCUACGAGAGAUUGAUAGACAGCGCCCUAGCCAGUGGCGGUCUCAGAACAACGCGUUGCGACGUAAUGAGCUUUGGGAGUGGGCCACUUGUGAAUGUGAACUUUCGCGUGUUUGUCGACAUCAAAAGCACACCACCAAUGACAAUGAUAAAUGUAGAAGAGCACAUAAGGAAUUCGCUGCUGAAUGAGGUCACGUCUUCAAACUCCUCCUUCAAGAAUAUAAAAAUUGACCCGGAGUCGAUUGAGGUGAAAAGAUCACUCGAUGUUGAGGCACUCAAGACUUCAUCAUUUGUCAAGGAAAUCGAUAUGGCAACGGAAACUACCACAAGAGUUACGCCGUCAUUCGAUGAGCGCAUCACGAAGAAAUCGGGUGUCAUUGAGAAGACAAUCCACAAGUUUUCAUCUUCAACAACACGCCAAACUCAGUCUCCGAAGCCAACAAAUAGCACCCCAUCCGUUAUUCAGGGCUCGUAUGAGAUUACCAAGACCGAGGCUGACCUGACAUACAGGAAGGAUUACUCAACACCGACUGUGGCUACCACGGAUUCUGUGACAACAGUUACGCUAAAGCCAUUUGUCAAUCAUGCCACGAUUAAGGUGAAGAGUCCCUCCAAGAAGGGUGGUGCGAUAUCAACUGUUGAAAAAAUCAACGCUACAAGAAUUCAUAACGUGGGCAAGGUGGAUAAAGUUGAGAAUCCUGUAAGAACUACAACAUUCUUACCGGUGACAGUGACACCCGUCACGAGUACGGAGAGUCUGAUGAGCACGUCCACAAAGGAGGAAAUCAUCAGUGAGGCGCAAUCUUCAACCUCCUCCUCAACCACCGAGAGUGUGAGUCAAUCAAGCACAGAGGAAGCGAAUGAGAACGUCAGUCCAUCUGUUGCGAAUAACAAGAAUCCACCAAAACUCGAUGUGAAUCUCUUCACGAGCUCCCCUGUGUUGGAUCAUGAACCAUGGCGACCCAUUAAUCCAUCCACCCCGCCACGAGUAAAACCUGUCGAAGAGGCACCAAUUGCGCCCAAGAUUGACGUCACUCAACCAAAGAGGGAGGAGGUGGUGCUGUAUAGAAAUCGCGGAGAUAUCCUGGCGACCGAGAAGAGUCCACCCCUUCCCAUCUACUACCAGAGCUACACGAAUCCCUCAUUCUCCGCCACCACGAUGGGCAUUGAGCGUCUCGGUGCGGCUGAUGUUAAACCGUACCCACUGCCCGUGAAUAAGUUAUACGACGACGAUGUCAAUCCAACUUCCCUCAAUCAGGGUGAGGUAAUUCGCAACCCCACUUCAGGUCUCAAAGUCACCUACGAUGACUAUAUACACGGCGAUCGAUUUGAGCAUCUUGGCGGUGGGGUGAUUGUAAAGAAACCCGAAACUGCAUCCCAAGAAAAUAAUUCUAGUGCUGAAGUUGAGGUGUCCACUGUUGAAAAUAUCGAAGGUACAACACCGCCAAUGGAUGGCGUUGAGGAAGCUGACCAAUUGGGAGAAAUACUCUAUGAUUUGCUCAAUACGAGCGAUGAAAAGUACGCUACAACCGAUGGGGUGAGCACCACUGAGAAAAUUAACUUCAACAACAUUCGCCAACAUAUCCUCAAUAUGGCACGCAAUACCACCAGCAAUCCUCACAAUAGCACCACAACUGAAAAUUCAUUCACUGCCUCCGAGUCUGCACGGGGAAACGUAACAAGUGACGUCAUUACACUAGGCGACAUUUCUUCUGAAUCAGUCACAACAUCAUCGUAUGUUGAAGUUGAGACCUUGGAUUAUACGCCACCAUCAUGGGAUCCACCAGCAUUGUUUCCGAUACAAUCAAAAUGGGAGUUCGUCAAUGGAUCUUCAGUUCUCGUAACGGAAAAUAUCCCCAUGAAGAGGAUCUACAACGACACACUUCAAGCUUGGAUAGUUGAGAAUUCACAGCAGGAGCAGGAACCAACAAGGCUGCAAGAGUUAACGUCAAAGAAGCAAGAUUCAGGCAACAUUCAGAACAUUUCUGCCAUAUUUGAUACACUAGCCUCAAAGUUGGGCAUUACACCCAAUAUUGCGAGUAAAAUUCCACCAUUCCACACGUCCAAGAAGAACAGAACACGCGGUCCAUCGUCAACAACUGAGAGUCUCACCAAAGAAACAACAACAGUGAGCCUAACUACACCACGAUCGACAUCUCCAGCAACAAAAUCAACGACAACUACAACAGAAACAACAUCGUCAACUGAUGCAACUGAUGCAACUUCGGAGAUCCCAUUAAUCCUCGUACGAUCGUCUUCGGAGACAACUCCAAAUCUAUCAGCCGAGACCAUUUCUGGUAUGGCUGAGGUUGAGGAAGUCGAUCCGGCUAUUUUCGAGGAGAUCAUGAGAAGAUCAUCAACGACAAAACUCCCACCACUUGUUACCCUCUUGCCAGCACGAUCCAAUUUGGCUGUUAGGACCUUCAGACCACCCAUUAAACACGUCGAUAGUCGCAACUUCAAGACACCCCUGGCGAGGAUUGUUACAGCUAGCAUGAGUGUAGGCAACUAAACGAAAUUUUACAUUGUCAUGAUGGUUCAAGUGAUGAUCAAUUACGUAUUAAGUAAUUCUUGAGGUCAGAAGAGAAUUCUUAUAAACCUUAACAUGUUUAUCGCAGUGUUUAAGAUUUAUUAUAUUUCUUGGUUUUUUUUGGAGAAUUAGUUCAAAGUGAAAUUUAAAACUUCUAUCAGUGUUUUUAUUAUCUUUAUCUGUUGAAACAGGAAUUUCUAAAAAAAAAAUAAGAUUUUAUAUCGGUCUUUUAAAGUUAGUUUUUUUUUAAGAGAAAUUGCAUUACCUUAUUAAAUUUUCAAAAAUAAAUAAUACUUUUAUAUUUAUUGAGUGAAUUUCAAAUGUGUCUUGUCUGUGUGGAUUUAAGCUAAACUAGGCAUUUUCCUGAACUAAAAUUUUCCGAUGCCAAAAUAAAUCUUGAACACUAGGUUCGUUUUAAGGUACCUAACUGUAUAAAAAUGUUUGUUUUAACAUUAUUAGUGAGACUCUCUAUACCUUUCCACAAUUUACUGUGCAUUUAUCAAUUUUUUUUAAUAAUAUUUUUAACAAAAGUGUAUAGGAUAGUAUUUGAUAUUGCAAUAGAUUUAAAAUUUUAAGUAAAGGCUACUGAUAAGAUAUAAGGUUAAUUCUUUGCGUUCUCAAUAUAAGGUUCAUGUGGCGUAGAGUUUUUCAUGAAAAAUACUUACCUUAAAGUAGCUUCAAUGUUAUUCUGAAUAAGUACUCUGAACUGAAAGAUGCGGGCUAAGUACAGCACUUCAUCUACAAGGAGACUUUUUUUUAGUAACUAUGUAGAAGAAUAGUUUGAAAUAUAAAAAAAUAUGAUGGAAGAAAUUUAAUAAACAAUUGCAAUAAAUGCAUGUUAAUAACUUU